ACGAUGCGUCCAGUCACCUCUCUUCAGUCGCGAAGCUGUUCAGGAGACUCAAUAAUGUUUCUGUUAUCGGCAUAAGUUAAUUCAAAAGUUUUGUGUUAUUUAUUACAAUAUAAUAAUGGUGGAAGAAGAGUUGAAAGUUCCUAAUGAGCUUUUUAAGGACGUGAAGUUUUAUGUCGUCGGGGAUAUUGACCAAAAGGUGGUGCAGCUACUAAAGUCGGGGAAAGGAAAGGAAGUGUCCUACAUUGCCCUUGCCACGCACAUCAUCACAGAGGAUGGAGACAACUCGGAGGUCAGCGAGGCACGCGAGGUCUUCUUCUUACCUGUAGUAAAGCCCACAUGGGUGAUUCUGUCAGUCAGAUGUGGAGACUUGCUGCCUGUUACAGGUUUUUCUCCCGAGUCCGGCCAGUUGUUCUCUGGUGUGCGGGCAUGUUUGUCUCAUUUUGUUCCUCUGUCUGUCUUGCAGCUGAAGGAGGAUCUUAGCACCCUGUGGGCUUUUAUUACGUUUUAUGGAGGAGACUGUCAGCUGAAUUUCAACAAGAAGUGUACACAUCUGGUGGUUCCUGAACCCAAGGGGGCGAAAUACGAAUGUGCACUGAGGUACAGUGGGAUUAAAAUCGUCACCCCGGAGUGGAUCACCGACUCCGUUAAAGGCAAGAACAGGAAGGAUGAGGCAGUUUACCACCCAAGGCUCACUUACUAUGAGGAAGAGGAAGAAGAGGAGGAAGAUGAGGUCAGCGAGGACGAUCGUAGUUCACGCUCUGAAGGAAGCAAGCGCUCUAGCCCUGCCUCAUCGCGAGGGCCGUCGCCUUCCAGACGUGCACGCUCACCCUCGCCCAAAGCUGAGGUCAUGUUCGAUGACUCAGACGAAUCGGACAAAGAGGAGCUCAACCUGAACUGGACACUCUCUAAGCACCGCCUCCAACCAGGCAAGGACACGGCACUAAUUAACCUGUGUGACAGCGUUCCUCCUGUACCAGGUAACGGCCAGGGGUCAGAGCGUCCAGAGAUGGUUGGUGGGUGGAAUUCAGGGCCACGACCAUUACGGAAUAUUAAUAAGAGCGGAGAGCAGCAGCAGCAGCUCCCACGACCGCCCAAUGUUGCACAUAUUCUUCAGAGUCUGACUUCUAAAAGUGUGGAACCGCAGGGGAACCAAUCUCGCGUCCCGAAUCAGCUUCUCUUCAAUGCGUCAAAACCUGCACAGCACACAGCACCACAGCAUGCUCCUGAAGUGCAGCAGCAGGUACUCCAACACCAGCAGCAACAGUUGCAGCAGCAACAGCAGCAGCAAGCACACCCAAUCCAACCACCACAGCAGCAACAACAGCAGCAGCAACAUCCGCAGCAGAUGCUCCAGCAGCAAACUAUGAUGCACCUGCAGCCGCAGGGCAUGCAAAUACAUCAUUCGCAGCAGCAGCAACAGCAGCAGCAACAGCAGGCAGGGUUUUCACAAAUGCCCCAACAACCACAUCAGUUCCUCCCUCAACAGAUACACCAGCAGAUCUACUCUCAGCAUCAGCAUCAGCAACAGCAGCAUGGCUUCCUGCAGCAGCCACUGCGACCGCCACAGCAACAGCAUCUCCGACCGCCCUUGCAGCAGCAGCAGCAGCAGCAACAUCUUGCAUUACAACAGCAGUUGCUGCAACAAAGACUCCAGCAGCAGCAGCAACAACAACAACAGCAAACUCAACAGCAGAUGCAUCAUCAACAUUUACAACAGCAACAGCACAUGCAGCAACAGCACAUGCAGCACCUGCAGCAGCAACACUUGCAGCAGCAGCAACAGCAGCAGCAACAAAUGCAGAAUAUGCAGGCUCCGCAGCAUCAGACACAGACACCACUGCAGCUUGUGCAGCUGCAUCAGCUGCUGGGCCAUGAACCAGGACAGGAGAUUCCUGAUGAUGCUUUCCUUGUGGGGUGUGUCUUUGCCAUCGUUGAUUAUCCAGAGCAGAUGGCUGAUAAACAGCUAUUAGCCACGUGGAAGCGGAUCAUUCAGGUGUAUGGAGGCUCUGUAGACUCCUCUUUGAAUCGCUGCACUCAUCUACUUUGUGAAAGUCAGGCCAGCAGCAUGUACGUGCAGGCUUUGAGGGAUGGAAAGCGCUGUGUUACAGCUCACUGGCUCAACACGGUGCUGAAGAAGAAGAGAAUGGUUCCUCCUCAUCGCACACUCCAUCUGCCGUUCAAUUUCCCUCAUGGAGCCAAACCCUGCUCGCAACACAUUAUUUCAGUCACUGGGUUUGUGGACAGCGAUCGAGAGGACUUGAAACUUAUGUCUUACUUAGCUGGAGCUCGCUACACGGGAUACCUGUGUCGCAGCAACACUGUUCUCAUCUGCAAAGAGCCAAGUGGACUAAAAUAUGAGAAGGCGAAGGAGUGGAGAAUCCCUUGUGUAAACGCUCAGUGGCUGUGUGACAUCCUGUUGGGACAUUUCGAGGCCUUACGGCAGAUACAGCACAGCCGAUACACUCAGUUCAACUUAGCUGAACCGCUCGCUCCUAACACACAUUAUGUCCAGAACCUGUUGGCUGCUUGGAGAAAUCCUGUAAAAGUUUUGCCGGAAGCGUUGGUGAGUCUCCGUCUGCAGCAGAAACAGAAACAAGCCGAGGGAACCUCACAGCCACCUGCCAAGAAGCCUAAAAUAGAGGAACUGCCCCCACCAUCUAAAAAGCUUCCUCCAGAGUCGACCCCGUAUGUUUUCUUCACUGGUUUUGAACCUGUGCAGACCCAGCAGUAUAUAAAGAGAUUGUACGAGCUUGGCGGUGAAGUGGCAGAGAGUGUCCAAAAGUGCACUCAUCUGGUGGCCAGCAAAGUGAUUCGCACGGUCAAGUUCCUGACAGCCAUCUCUGUUGUUAAGCACAUCGUCACCCCAGAGUGGCUUCAGGAGAGCUGGAACUGCCAGAAAUUUGUGGAUGAACAGAGUUACAUGCUGCGGGAUGCUGAGGCUGAGGUGCUUUUCACUUUUAGUCUGGAGGAGUCACUGAAGAAAGCUCAUGUUGCUCCACUCUUCAAGGGUAAAUUCUUCUACAUAACGCCGGGAAUCUGUCCGAGCCUCAGCACCAUGAGAGCCAUCGUAGAGAGUGCUGGAGGGAAACUGCUAUCCAGACAGCCGUCUUUCCGAAAAAUCAUGGAGCACAAGCAGAACAAGAACCUACCAGAAAUCAUACUCAUCUCUUGCGACAAUGACCUGCAUCUGUGUCGUGAAUAUUUUCUAAAGAACAUUGAAGUACACAAUGCUGAGUUCAUCCUCACAGGAGUACUGACACAGACAUUGGAUUAUCAAGCUUAUAAAUUCACAUGAUCGUGGAAACAUCCCCAGGAAGAGAACACUAAGCUCUCUCUGUGUUGGUUGACCCUGAAGGUUGCUUUUUUUAAAUAAAUAUAUCUAAAAGAAAGACAAUACAAUUUUUUUUUUGUUUGUUUUUUGUGUGUGUUUUUUGUACCGGUUGACAAGUCUUUUUUGUAGAAAUUACUGGUGGAAAAAAAUAAAUAAAUUGUUAUUUUUUA